AUGAAGCUCGCUUUCACCAUUCUCAUCGCCUUGACCUGUCAGUCUCUGGCCUCUCCUGCUGAGGUCAAUAAGUCCCUUCGAGACGAUGGCCUCUACAGCGGCGAGGAAGAUGUCCUUGACAUGGACGAGAUCGACUCCAUCAGUAUCAUGGAUUUUGUCGGUCCUAUCACCCCCGGCGGACCGAACGUCACUCUGAGCGGCACUGCCAAGGAGAUUUAUGACCAGAUCCUGGAGUUGAACCCAUCCUACAGUGUGUGGGACUUUGACGAGUAUGCGGAGGAUCUGGAAGCUCGAGGACUGACCCCUGAAGAUAUUGAUGUCAACAGCCCUUCUCUCAAAAUACGCUCAUCCGUAAUGGCCGAACUUCAUGAACGAGAUAAUGAGUUGUUUAAUUGUAACAUCGGCUCCUACGUCGGAAACGUAUGGAGUCAAUGCGGCGAAGGCUUUGGAUACCUCUGGAAUCUUGGAAAGGCUUGGUGCGGCGCCAAAGCCAAGAGCUGCGCGCGUGUCAGCUGCUCUCACAACUGUGGCAUGUAUCUCUGCAGCAAGUUGUCGAAGGAAAAGAAGGUCCACUGUGGAAAUAUUGCCAAUGACAUGGUCAAGAUUGCCUAUGAAUGUGGUUCAGAUGUGACUACAUGGGCGUAUCGAGCUAGAGGCCAGAUGCAGUUCUCUUGCCACAACACCAAGUUGUCGAGCCCGUCUUGCUAA